AUGAUCACCCAACCAACCAGUGAAUAUCAAAUCCUUCCACAAUAUCACUCGCAACCACGGAGGCUCAAGAUCAUACAUGUCGGAGCGGGAGCCUCGGGCCUGUUGUUCGCUUACAAGGCAAAACGCCUGUUGCUAAACUAUGAACUGACAUGUUACGAGAAAAACCCAUCGAUCGGCGGGACGUGGUUCGAGAACAAGUACCCUGGAUGCGCCUGUGAUAUUCCUGCCCACACGUACACAUAUCCCUUUCAGCCAAACACCGAAUGGUCUGGGUUUUACUCGUGCGCGGACGAGAUUCUGGCGUACUUUCAAAACUUCCACGACGAGCACGAAUUAGCGCCCUAUAUCAAGCUGAGCACGGAAGUGCCGAGCGCCACCUGGGACGAAGACAGUGCGGAGUGGGAAAUUGAACUGAAGAACGCCGAAGGCAUCUUCAAGGAUCGUUGCCAUGUAUUGAUCAAUGGGGCAGGUGUCGUCAACAAGUGGAAAUGGCCUGCAAUUGAGGGUCGUGAGUUGUAUAAAGGCAUCCUCAGCCACAGUGCCAACUGGGACACUUCUAUUAAAUGGGAAGGGAAGAGAGUGGCCGUCAUCCGGACCGGGUCAAGUUCGAUCCAGAUGGUUCCUCAGAUGGCAAAAGGCUCUCAGACUCUGACGGUGUUUGCCCGUAAUUCAACCUACAUCUCCCCUCUAGUCAGCCCGGGCGAUUAUAGGGUGCAUCCCGAUGGCAAACAUCACUACCUCGAAGUCGAGAAAGAGGUGUUUCGAACCGACCCGGCCCGACAUCUCCAGUACCGCAAGGACCAGGAGACGGUUCUGACGAAGCAAUUCCCCAUCUUCAUUCGCGGGACCCCGGAGAGUGUCAUGGCAAAGGAGGCCCUGACGGCACAGAUGCUUGCAAGAAUCGGACCUGGCCAUGACGAACUGAAGAAGCGCUUCAUCCCCGACUGGGCACCCGGGUGUCGACGUCUUACUCCCGGAGAAGGAUACCUGGAGACCUUAGUUCUCGAUCAUGUCCGAGUCGCUUACGACGAGAUCGAUAGGUUUACCGAGACCGGCGUCGUGACGGCGGCGGGGGAAGAGCUCGAUUUCGAUAUCAUGGCCUGUGCCACCGGCUUUGACGUGUCAUUUAUCCCGCACUUUAACAUCGUCGGCAGGAAAGGUGUCAGCAUGCGAGAGGAAUGGAAAGGCAACGUCAACAUCUAUCUGGGGAUAACAGCUCCCAACUACCCGAACUAUUUUGUCAUCGACGGGCCGACGGCGAACUGGGGAAACGGCUGUGUAAUGCCUUCUCAUGAGGUGCACAUCGAGUACGCCCUCAAGUGCUGCCGCAAGCUCCAGGAGGAUAGGAGGAGGGCAUUCUCUCCAUGGAGCCUCGACAGGGACCGACGACCCAGAUCAGGCAGCACAUGGAUACUUGGCACCAGAAAUGUGGCAUCUGGAGUGACAACUGCAGGUCCUGGUACAAAGACAACCGGCCCGACGGUCGCGUCUACAUCUGGGCAGGAAGUCUGUUGCACCAUCUCAAGACCCUCCGGGAGCCUCGCUACGAGCACUACGACCUGCGGUUUCGGCACGAGAAUGUCUGGUCCUUCCUGGGUGACGGCCGCACGGACUUGGAGAUCGAGUGGCAGGACGGACUUGACGUCGAUUUCAAAUGGCCCCCUACAUCAGGAAUUCCGACGUCCCCUGGACCUUGGACCUGCCGCGAGACUUGCAGCUGAGGCCGGAGGCGGAGAGGAAGGUUUCGUCGUCGUGAUUGCCACUAAAUAG